AUGGCUAAAGAAUUGGCUGCGGAGAAGGCUAAAACGGCAUUGCUAGCGAAGAAACUUAGGAAGAAGAGGAAGGAAAAUGAGGAACUCACUGCGAGUAUCAAGAACCCAUCGGUAACCGAUAGUGGCUGUUCAACAGAGAACUCCAUGUUUGGAUUCGAUAACCCGAAUAGACUAAGCAGUACACGGAAUACGACUACCACAACAGCUCAAGAGGAAUCACGUUUUUUGUCAUCCAUGAACCAACUGUCCGUGGCGUCGAUUAACGUACCGGAGUGCAAAUCGGCGGAUGACGAGGACAUUCAUCGACAGACAUUCGAGUUAUGGAAGGAUCUGCUGAUGGAUUCCAUGAAACUAGCAGGAGUAACUCCAUUUGAGUUGAUGGUUGGCUGGAAGUACCGAGGUACCUUCCCCAGUAUGUGGUCAGACCCGUGCGGCAGUGAGCUCGAUCGUUCAGAACUGAGGGAAAAAGAUGCAGAUACAAAACAAAUCAGUAAGAAUUAUGCAGAUUCUUCUCGAGGAGCCAAGGAAUCAAAUAUUAAAAUUGGUGACACGGUGUUGCUUGCGCAAAACAAAAGAAGCAAGACUGAUCCUACCUUUUCAUCAGAAAGAUUCACAGUAAUAGCCAGGGAAGGAGCCAAAAUCGUAAUCAUGAGCAAAACAGGAAUACAGUAUGCUCGCAACAUCAGAGAAGUUAAAAGAGCGCCUGAAUCCAUCACAUCUGACAAUCAUCCUGAGCAGGAAAAAUUCGAGGAAAUGGUUUCCACGCCAGAUUCCGAGAUUCAAGCAUCAGGUUCGGCUAAGACGUCCAGGGAUCUUCGAAAGCGAGAGGUGAUCAAGCGACCAAAACGGUUUGAUGAUCAAUUUGUGUAUCGCGUAUUCUUCUAA